UGUGGUGCAAAUCAAUUUAAUUUUAAAGCUUAAUGGCAAAGCCAAGCUUAUUUUCAACGGUGCAAACGGGCCUUAACGCUUAAUCUCGAUUAAAGUCUGUCGGUGCAUGCGGGCAUUAGACACGCUCGGUAGGAAGAACAAGAAGUAGAACACGUACUGUAAACCAUAACCACGCCAUAAGUCUUGUUCUAUGAUAACUACCUAAUCAAGCAUAAAAAGUAUUUUGUUAGCAACAAUUGUAUUCAAAAAUUAAUACAGUUUUCGAACUUUGUGUAAUAUUUACUACUGGUCCGGGCUAGAAUAAGCAUCUUAUUAAUACUUUUUAAGAACAGCACUGCACUUCACAAUGUCUGCAUUGGAGUUGCUGCGCCAAGUAUCACAGCUUGUAUUUACUCCCAAGUGCUUUGAUAACUACUUUAUUGAUUUCAAUCUUGCUGAUGUUGAGUGUUUUAAAUCAACAUUAAGUAAAGGCCUUGGUCUGGGCUUAAUUUUGGGAUCAAUCCUCGUUAAACUACCCCAAAUAUUGAAGAUUGUGAAAAAUAAGAGUGGACAAGGAAUAUCUCUAAUCGGAGUUAGUUUAGAACUUGUUGCAAUUAUGAUUUACAUGUCUUAUAAUUAUGUAAAUAGCUUUCCUUUUAAUUCAUGGGGCGACACUUUCUUUGUAGGUGUACAAACUCUGAUUAUUGCUGCUUUAGUUUUAUCAUAUUCGGGAAAAGUAGUAGAAGGGUUGGUUUAUGUAAUUGUAGUUCUCUCAGGUUGUUAUGUCCUGAUGAGUGGAAUAACUCCAAUGAAUUUGCUCCGGACUCUUACAUCCGUCAACAUUAGCUUAGUUGUGGGCAGUAAACUAACGCAAGCAUAUACUAACUAUAUGAAUGGGCAUACGGGACAACUUUCAGCAGUUACUCUAAUUUUACUUUUAGCAGGAUCGGUAGCUAGAGUAUUCACAUCGAUCCAGGAAACUGGUGACAAUAUUGCCAUUGCCACAUACGUAGCAAGUAGUACAGUAAAUGCCUUACUUGUAGGACAAUUAAUUUAUUACUGGAAUGCUGUUCAGCCUGCAAAUAAAUCAAAGAGCGAAUGAAAAUAAAAAAUUGAUUCAUUUGCAUCUGUAUGCAAAUAAGUUUUUUUUAUAGGGACGGGUAGUAGUAAACUAAAAAUUUGUUUAAAAAAUCA